AUGCUUCUGUGUGGUGACUUUAACUGCCCAGGUACUACUCCAAUAACCUGCAAUUCAAGACUUAAUGAGAUUUUAGAGACCUACGACAUGAUACAGCGAGUUCAAUCUCCAACUCGCAUAUCAUCUACUACUGGUAUAGCCAACUUGCUUGAUCUUGUAAUAAAUCGACAUGAUGAUAUUUCACUCAAAAGUAUCCAAGUAACUGACGAGGGUAUUUCAGAUCACUGUAUGAUUCGGGUAGAACUUUAUCAUCAACCUUUAAAUACUAAAACUGUUUGGUUUUCAAAACGAAACUUUAGAAAACUAAACUUGUCAUACUUUAUCAAAGAAUUGCAAGUGAUGCCAUGUUGCUUAUCACCUGAAAACAACGUGGAUAAUUAUGCUGAACAAAUAAUAUCAAGUAAAACAACUGUUCUUGAUCAUUUAGCACCCAUUCGAAAAUAUUCAAUACGAAUUGGUAAACAAGAUGAUAAAUGGUUAUCUUUAGAUGCCAAGAAUAAAAAAAUCAGACGUCGUAAACUGGAGCGUUGUUAUAGAAAAACUGGUAGUUUAUCAGAUAAAAAAUUAUAUCGAACUGCAUGCCGUGAGGCUGCAGCAGCAAUUCACAAAUCCAGAUGUAGUCAUUAUAAGGCGAAAAUAAAUUCAGCAUACGGUGAUCAAAAAGAAACAUGGAACUAUGUCAAGAAAUUACUACAUUCAAAAAGUUCUAAAUCUAAUAACACAAUACCAGAAGCAAAAUGCGAUAUAAUAAGUCAAUAUUUCAUACGCAAACUCGAAAUUAUAAAGAACCCUAUCCAGGAAAGGCUUAAAAAAACCCCGAUAUCUAAAUUUAUCUCAGAGUUAUCUCCACCUGUAGAUAUAUUAACAACAUUUGGUACAGUCACACCUACAGAUGUGUCAAAAAUAAUCAAAACUCUCAAACCUAAGACAUCGCCACUUGAUAUUAUUCCUACAAACAUCCUUAAAUCUUGUUCAGAAAUAUUCAGUCCAAUUAUAGCUCACCUUGCUGACCUCUCAUUCAAAUCCGGAAUUUUCCCAGCCUCAUAUAAAGUUGCUCAAAUACACCAACUCCCAAAAAAUCAAGACUAG